GAAGAAUUUAAUACAUCAAUGGUUAAAUAACUCUGUGGAUUCUCUAAAAAUGAAAACGAUUCCACCAAAGCACUACUAAAUGGUGUCUGCACGGAAUAUAUUGAUUUAGAUAGUGCGCUAUGGGUGUGCUUGUUCUCAACGUUACCGAGUGAACGCGUUGAAGAAUGAUGCCGUGACUUGUAAAAAGGAAUUAAGAAAAGCCUCACAGACAUUUAAUCAAAGACAAUCAGUGUACAUAACAGGCCAUAGAAGGGACAUUACUUAAGUCUGCACCGCAUUUCUUCGACUCUUUCUUCGAUGCCACUACACAACGACUGCUCCCUCAACCAACAUAGCCUACAUAGUUUUUAUCAUUUGACAUUUGCUGGAGCCAAACUGAAUGACAGCAGUGUUUUUUUUUUCCGACACGCGGGAACGUAGUCUAUCGCAUAACAUAAGAUGUGAUCGCAGCAGGCAUCGGGUCCGGAGUUGAACGUAUUUUUCGUUCAGGAUCAUUGAUCUCUCCCUAAUUAUAUGAAUUCAACAACUGGAAACAUUGCCCUCCUAGUAGACUGUUAAUUCGUACACAUACAUACAUAUAUAUAUAUCAUAUAUAUAUAUAUAUAUAUAUCAUAUAUAUGUAUAUAUAUAUGAAUUCACAUGAGUGGAUACUUUACACCGUAGCCAAACUCAUUAAGUCAUCUGUUUUCUAACAGCGUUACUGGACAGUUAUGUGAAGUGGGCUAUUGAAAGUUAAAUGAAAUUUGUCAAUGGUACAUACAAGGAAGUUUUGCUGGCAAGAUAAAAACCUUUAACAUUUUGAUUCAAGGCUGUUUUAUGUAACCAAUUACCAAGAAAAAGAAGAUCAACAUGGAUUUUAUUUCUUCUAACUGCUGAUAAAACUAUAGAAUACUGCUGCAACUUGAAUUCUAUCACAGAAUUACCUGGUCAUUGCUGUAGUUAUGGUUGUAUACUGGGCUAUGGAAGGGGAACGUAUUUACAUUGGUGGAUCUUUAUAUAUGAGUCAGGAACAAAAUGGAGAAGAAGGAGUCCUACCCGAUCGCAUUUUUACUCAUGAAGAUGCCAAAAUGCUACGGCCACGAAGCAUUUUUCGUAAGAAAUUUCUUCAGGGUGAUGGAGGUAAAGAAGAUGGUUUAUCUAUGAAUGACUCUUCUGCUGAUGAAAGGAAUUCUGACAGCGAUUUCAAAAAGCCAUUAGCCAACUAUCGAAAAGAAAAAGUUGUCCAUCGAAUUCAAUGUGACGGAAUACAAGACAUCCAAGUUGUCGAAGUAGGUGAUGAUGAAGAAUUAGAUGAAAAUGUUGCCAUACCUGUUUCAAAGAAAUCUAGAAUUGAUAAGCUUUGUGAAAAACUCCGAGAGAAUUCAUCCCUUCGGAAAUCAGAAGAUGUGAAACGCACCAACCAGUCUCAGGAUGCUGUUUCAUCUUCACAAAACAAUGUUCUUUUGAAUCAGGAAAGUGAUUCCAUUAAAACUACAAACACUGAAAGUAAAUCUAUUCAGAAUCCUGUUAAUUCAGAAGAAACUACUAACUCAGAAAAAGAUUCUUCAAAAACUGCUUCUCCAAAACGAGAAAGUGUUGUCACCAAAGUCUCCAGUGAAAAGGAACCAAGUAAAAGAAUAGCCGAUCAACAGUUUUCUGAAGAAGAGGACACAAAAGAUUCAUUUGAAAAGAAUUUUAGCGCCUCUAGUACUACUACAGUGACUACUAUUACUGCUACAUCUGCUUCUACUACAACUACUGGUACUACUACUAGUACCACUACUGCUACUACUACAACUACUACUACUACUACCACUACUGCUGAUGAGGAUGAAAUUAAGAAGAAUUCUGCUGAAAAUUUUAAUAUUCCCAAAACUAAUCCAGUUGAAACUGUAAGUUCAGAACCAUUAGAUGAAACAAAAGAAGAAUCUACUUCUCUUCCUAGAGUUCUUCAAAAGUCUGCCAGAGUAAAUCUCCGUGAAAUGUCUGUGGUGCUCUUUGACUGCCAAAUGUCUCCUGGUGAUUCUUGCUCUGCUUUCCUUUUUGAGCAGCAAGCACUAAUUUGUGAUCAAGACUGCCGACAGUCUGCCAUACAGAAGGUCAAACCAAAAUCUUCAUCAAGACGUACAACGCCCCGAAUUACUACGACUGCUAUCAGUCAGUUACGCAAUCAACUAAAAAGGGAUCGCAAGAGAGUCUACCCUCUGCGUCCCCCUCCAACUGCUUCGGCUUUGCCUGCUCAGAAACCUUCUUCUCUUCAACCGUCUUUCAUGUCUAAAUUGUCUCCAUGGUCAACAGCAGCCAAAGUUCCGCCAUUCUAUGCUAGUCAGUUUCAAUCCUUACAUUCUGAGACAUCCCCAAAUCUUAUGUCAUCGCUGAACACCUCGCCAUACAACCUCCAUCACCAUCUACAACAGCAACAUCAACAGCAGCAACAUCAACAGCAGCAGCAACAACAGCAACAACAACAACAACAACACCACCAUCAGCAACAACAACAACAACACCAGCAACAACAACAACAGCAGCAGCAGCAAAUGGCACAUUUAAGAAACACAGCACCGUCCAGUUUAUCGUUGCCCAUACAAAAGAUAUCAAAGGAGAGUAAGAAGACUUACCCACUUCUUACUCAAGCUUUAACAUCUAUGGCAUCUCUCAACCAUUCGUCUGCUUCACAGUUACGUCAAGAAUUGUAUCUGACAUCCAACUCUCGGAGUCCUGCUGCUCUGGGGAGAAGGCCUCUGCAUUCCUCUUCGUUAUCACCUGUUAAUCCUCAUUAUAUGCCUAAUCCACAAGACAGGAUGUGCAUGAAGCCUGAGCCAUUGGAGGAGCGGGACUUGAGAAGCUCUAUUUUUUCAAGCCAGUUUGCAUCUUUUAUAGACCAAGUGAACAACCGACCAGUUCACUCCUCAGAGUUCACAGAUACCUACGCUCAUCAACCCAACCAGUUCCCAAAAUGGUUACACAUGCAAAACCAAUUGCUGUCAUAUGACUAAAGAAGAUUACUUCUACUACUACUACUACUACUAUUAUUAUUAUUAUUAU